CAUUUGAAUAACAACAACAACAACGAACAACAAUAAUAAUAAUGAUUAUUUACUUGCAAAAAGGCGAUGCUCACUUCCGUUUUGGUGUAUCCAUGGAAACAGAGCUCUAGACGAUCACCUGCGUAAACUGCUCUGCUGCUUUAAGGAUGAGUCAACUUGGCAAAUACAGCGACAAAGUACUCAUUGGUAACUGGGCGGAGGAGAGAUUACAUUUCACUAGGGAUUGCAAGACAGCGAACAGCAGCUACAGGGUGGACUACACGCCCCACAGGUCACACAGGCCCAAUGUUGUCAUGUGCAAAAGGCCUCUUCGCAGCUCAGAGGGUCUUCCCUUAAGGCAGUUAUUUUCUCAUCAUGACGUCCCCUCCUCCCACUGUCUGGUGACACUCUAUGAUGAUUCGUACGGGCGGCAGGCCUCCUCUCUGCCCGCACUGCACUCCUGGAACUCUUUCAAACUGACUGGGGUCCCAGAGAGGUCAGAUCACCCAAUCCAAGGCCCUCCUACUAAUUUCGGCUUGGCAGAAUCCUUGUGGGCUCGUAUGGAACAACAGCGGGCAGUUGUGCCCACACUUAGUGAGUAUAGGGCUUCAUACCCUCUGCACCCCAUCAGUGCCUUCUGUUAUUCUCGUCACGUCAGCAUGCCCAAGCGCUUCUCCAGCAGUCAGCACCCUGCCAAGCACAGCAACGAGAACCUGGCACUGAAACACAGACCCUGCAGGCAGGUCUCCACUAAUCCAGCUAGCUUGCUGUGACCCCUGCCCCUUGUUUCAACACCUUCAGCCCUCCAGUACCACACAUACUGGCCUCAGCCUGGGGAGAGGGCUUGGCAUACCUUGUUUUACUGAUCAAUAGCACAUAAAACAAAAGGAACAGGAGCAGUCCACUGUGUUUGCAGAAAGUCAAAUAAAAUAUAUACACUGCAAUGUUGUC